AUGCAGGGGUCACAUCAAAGCAAUAGCUACGGGGAACGCCAAGGAGACAGGCCAUCGCCACCUUCACAGAUCACCGUUACAGCCGCUAGCGGCCAAGCAUCAUCCAAUGACUCGACGGCUGAGCCUGACUCCACCUCGUCUGCUCAGCCCUCACCCGUGCCUCUGACUCCUCGUGCUUCCACGUUCAAGCUUCCCGACAUUGCAUCAAUAUCCGGUACAGACGUCAGAACGCCAUUGGCCAACUCUUUGGCGACUAUGGACCUGACCUCUACCACCACUAGCGGCUCGUAUACAGCACCAGCAUCGCCAACAGUCGCGAGCUCCAUGCUCCGCUCCAACACCACUGGCGUACAAGCCACCGCAGCGCCCGUUUCUGCAACCAGUCUCGAUCGAUCAGCGAGUGCACAUCCGGAUUUGAGCAAAGUGAACGGUCUUGGUAUCUCGGCAACAGACGCCGGAGCCGCAAGCAGCAGCAACAGUAGCCUCAAUGGAUCCACCAACAAUGCCACUGGCAACAAUGCCGGCGCUUCCACCUCAGGCGGCACAAAAGAAACCUGGAAGCGACGCAAGCAGGUCCUCCUUGCCGACGCAAAAGACCACGCCGUCGCUGACCUCCAGCUGCACGGCCUACGUCCUCCCCCUUACGUCUACCACCCGUACUACCAAAACUCGUCCAUCCUCGGCCAAACGGUCGGCCAACUCACCGCGCAUACCGCCAGCACCUCGCGCGAUGCCGACCGGAACCAGGCUACCUAUGCUUCCUCUCGCACCGCCAUCCUGCGUCCGGACGACCCGCACGUGCGCAACGACAUUAUCCGCAUGAUCGACCAGUGGUUGGCUGAUGAAGGGUUUGGUGCGACACGUCAGCUGUUGAUGGAGGAAGCGGGGAUCAAGAGGCGCGAGCGCGAGGAGGCUGGGCUCGACGCACGCAAGCUGCGCGGCCACAUGUUGGAGGGCGACUGGCCUGAGGUCGAUAAGCUGCUGCAGAAACCACUGGUCAAGAACCACAAGGCGUUUCUAUAUGCCGUGUACAAGCAGCAGUUUUUGGAGCAUAUCGAGCACAGAGAGUUUCAGAAGGGGUUCACGUUUCUCAACAAGCGCCUAAAGCCGUUGGAGCACUACCAGCCGCAUCCGUCCGAGUUUCGCGAUCUGUGCUACUUGCUGUCGGCAAAGGCGGUGACGGAUGCGCCGUCAUUUGCAACCUGGGAAGGCAUCCAGCCGGGGAGGGAGAAGCUGGUGAUGGAGUUUGCGGCCAUGCUCGAACAGGACUGGAUGGAAAAGGAGGCUGGUCUGCCCGGAUCGGCGUCCAAGAACGGCAAUGGCGGAAGGAGCGAGAGCAGGGACGGGUCCGAGCUGAUGGACGAUGGUAUGAUGACCGACGGCGUCGUCGCAACUAGUGCCACCAAGAGCUCCACCUCGAACGGAUACACGUACGUCCCACCGCACCGCUUGCUUACCAUGCUCCACCAAGCCGUCGCGUACCAAGUCGAGUUUGCGCGCUACCACCCCAAAAAGGCGCCCGUCAUCUCCGGCCUCCUGCACGACUACACUGGUUUCAUCGUGCCCAACUCGGUAGCGCACACAAUGCGCGGACACCGCAAAAACGUCAAGAGCGUGCGCUUCGUCGGCGAAGAAGGCCGCAAACUCGUCAGUGGGAGCAGCGACAACACGGUGCGGCUCUGGAACUCCAACACGGGGCGGUGUGAGGCGGUGCUCGAGGGGCAUCGCAGUCGCGUGUGGGAUGUGGAUUCGACCAGGACGGGCGGGCAUGUGGCUUCUGCGUCCGGCGAUUCGACCGUCAAGGUGUGGGAGGUGGAGAGUGCCCAGUGCAAGACGACGCUGCGCGCAAGCAUGGGCGAUGUGUACAGCUGCCGCUUCCACCCUGAUGAGAAGCAUCUUGUUUCGGCAGGCUACGACAAGCUCGUUCGCAUGUAUGACAUCGAGACCGGCUCCAUCGUAAAAACGUUCACGGGCCAUCAACUCGGCGUGUCGUCGGCGAUCUUCAAUCCGCUCGGCAACCUGAUCGUGACCGCGUCCAAAGACACGACGAUCCGGUUCUGGGACGUUGUGUCGGGCCUUUGCAUCCGCACCAUCCCAGGGCAUCUCGGCGAAGUCACGUCGGUCGAGAUCAACGAAACAGGCACCCUGCUGCUGAGCUCAAGCAAAGACAACUCGAACCGGCUCUGGGACCUGCGCAUGCUGCGUCCGCUCAAACGCUUCAAAGGCCAUCAGAAUACGAGCAAGAACUUCAUCCGCAGCAGCUUCGCGCACACAUCGUUGCUUGUCGGCGGCUCCGAGGACGGCCUGAUCUACAUGUGGGACCAAGAGUCGUCCGAGGUGCUCCAGACCCUCGAGGGACACGGACGCGACACUCUCCACCCGGGCAGCAAACCCAUCGGUGCCACAGCAGGUGCCACAGCGACAACGGGAACAUCCUUCGCCUCGGACCUGACCUCGUCGCUGUCGACCAACAACAACGUCGCCUACGGCGCCGUGUGGAAUAAGGCCCAGAGUCUGCUGGCCUCGUGCGGCGACGACGGCACCGUCAAGACGUGGAUCUGGGACGAGGGGAGGGAUAUAGAGGCCAACGCCGAUUUGGCGCGCAGAGCCGACGACGAGUAG